CAUCACCGGCCCCUACAAUUUGUUCCAGCAGUCUUCAUCCCAGGAACUGAAGAACGCGCUGGACGCCACUAAAGACACGACCAGAAUUUAUGUCGUGUUCUCACGAACCAACAUGUUCUAUGACUUCAUCACACAACUGAAGACCGCUGGUCUGACGGACACAGGCGAGUAUGUCGUCAUCGGCGUCAGGGACGACAUGCCCUUCAACGACACGCUAAGCGUCUCGCUGAUGUUCCCAAGUGGAGAGUUUCAGAACCAAAGAUCCAACGCUUCUCUUGACGUGUGGAAAGGCGUGUUCCUGCUAAUUAGCAUGCCGGUAAUGAACCCUAAUUACUCGGCCUUUUCGUCGGCAGCAAGGGACUACUUGUAUAAGCCGCCCAUUAAUUUCACAAGGAACAAGUUGGAUGAGUUGCUCAGUAUCAAAGUGGCGAUCCCUGUAUAUGCGGCAUAUCUCUACGACUCUGUCAUGGUUUAUGCAAGAGCCGUUCACAGUGUAGUGCAGGAGGGGAAGUCACCCAGGGACGGAGUUGCUGUGUUUAACAAACUACGUAACCAGACCUUCACAAGUAUCCAGGGUUACGAGGUGUACCUAGACAACAACGGUGACGCUGAAGGCAACUACACCGUCCUGGCCCUCCAGCCCAUGGCCAACACCUACGGCAUGGGGCUCAAGCCGGUGGGGAGGUUCGCUCGUAGCCGGGCUGAUAUGCAGAGAGUGACGUACGUAAUGGAUGUGGAUGUAUUUGGGGACAAAGUCCCUCUGGAUGAGCCCCCGUGUGGAUACUUUGGUGAGCUGUGUCGAGAGGAACCGAGUCAACUACCGCGUAUAGUGGGCGGAUGUCUUGGUGGUCUUGGUCUGCUGCUGGUCAUCGUCCUGGCAGUUCUCUACAGGAACUGGCGUUAUGAGCAGGAGUUAGCCAGUUUACUCUGGAAGAUUGACAUGAAGGAUAUACAACUCCAACCCGACGUGGCCAUUUCAGCUUUGUCCAUCCUUAGUUCUAUAGGGCCCCAGAACAGCGGCUGUAUAAGCAUCAGCCCCGAGCAGGAGCAGAGGUUUACAAAGAUGGGGGUGUACAAGGGCACCCUGGUCGCCAUGAAACCCAUCAAGAAGAAAAAUAUUGACACGACAUCAAGGGACAUCAAGCUGGAGCUGAAGAUGAUGAGAGAUCUACGUCACGACAACAUUGUCCAGUUUGUGGGGGUCACGGUGGAGCCUGGUCUGGUCCAUAUCGUCACAGAGUACUGCACUAAAGGUAGUCUAGAGGAUAUCUUAGAGAACAGCGAUCUCAAGCUGGAUGACAUGUUCAUAGCGUCCAUUGUAUCGGAUAUACUGAAGGGUAUGAUCUACAUACACAGCACCGUCGUCUCCCAUGGCAACCUCAAGUCCUCCAACUGCCUAGUCGACAGUCGCUGGGUGGUCAAGAUAUCGGACUUUGGCCUCAACAAGUUCAAGGCCAAACAAGAGCUCCCGUACCACGGAGAGCAUGCUAAUUAUAAACGAUUUCUAUGGACUGCUCCUGAGUUACUCCGCAUGGAGAAACCCCCGCUGGGCGGCACGCAGAAAGGGGACGUGUACUCUUUCGGUAUUGUGCUGUAUGAGAUACUCAACAGGAACGGUUGCUAUGGUGAUUGUCACCUGACACCAAAAGAAAUCGUAGAACGGAUCAAAGAAGGGCCGGCGGACGGCAUACCGUUCCGACCAAGUAUCUCCGAACUCAACUGUGAGAGUGACGUCCUGUUGACCUUGACACAGUGCUGGGACGAGAACCCGGAAGUUCGGCCAGAUUUUAAAACUUGCCGGAAAGCCCUCAAGUCCAUGCAGAAGGGAAUGAAGUCCAACAUCUUCGACAACAUGAUGCUGCUGAUGGAGAAGUACGCCAACAACCUGGAGUCUGUGGUGGCUGAAAGGACGGUGGAACUACACGAGGAGAAGAAGAAAACGGAGACUCUGCUGCACCGGAUGUUGCCUUCGAGCGUCGCCGCCCAGCUGGUCCGUGGUCAGCCUGUCGUUCCUGAGGCAUUUGACAGUGUCACCAUCUACUUCAGUGACAUUUGUGGCUUCACUGCCAUGUCAUCUGAGAGCACGCCCUUACAGAUUGUUGACCUAUUGAAUGACCUGUACACACUGUUUGACCGGAUCAUCAAGGACUACGAUGUGUACAAGGUGGAGACCAUCGGGGAUGCGUACAUGGUGGUCAGUGGUCUGCCCAAGAAGAACGGCAUCCAGCAUGCGGGGGAGAUAGCGUCCAUGUCGCUCCAUCUGCUGACCGCCAUCAAACAGUUCCAGAUCAGACACAGGCCUGAUGAUGUGCUUAAGCUGAGGAUUGGUAUACAUAGUGGAUCAUGUGUGGCGGGGGUGGUGGGGCAGACCAUGCCCAGGUAUUGUUUGUUUGGUGACACAGUCAACACAGCCUCCAGGAUGGAGUCUAACGGUGAAGCUCUGAAGAUCCACGUGAGUCCCAGCUGUAAGAAGCUUCUAGACGAGCUGGGAGGGUACACGUUGGUGGAACGUGGCCUAGUGGCCAUGAAGGGAAAAGGUGAACUCCAGACGUACUGGCUACUGGACGAGGAGCCGUCUGUCCGAGAAAAGCGCGCCAAACGUUCAGACGACAGCGGGGUCCACACCGACAUCCUGGCAGACAUCACCCAAAACGGCAAGGUGAAGGACAACAUCGGCAGCACCUUGAUCCCGUACCUGCGCUCCUCCAUCGUCAACAAAAACAAAAACGGCCACACCAGCCCUGGACCGAAGAGAUCUCGUAGCGCGCGGUACUACCGCGAGAUCUACUCAGGCGCGCGCUCCGUUUCCCAGACUCUAGAGUCCGGUAUUCCAAUCGACGGAUUCCUUGACCUUCUACAAGAACCUGGUUCUCAUCCUACCCGUACGUCAUUCCCAGAGAGUCAAACAACAACAGCAGACGGGAUAUCUACUCUAAACGUCAAACAACUAACACACAACGCCAAAGAUGGCCCAACCCAAAAGAACAAACUCCUACCCAAUACGGCACUUGGCGAAUUCAGCAGUAACUACGACAUGAAAACUGGACAAUGGGUAGACAAGCACGCAGACUUUCACAAAUCAACAUCGGACCCUCCGUCGGAAAAACCUUUAACCCGAUUUAUGUCAACAAUAAACGAAAACCUGUUUUCUCCUUGUAAAAUCUGCGGCGCGCCGAGACUUAUAGGAAAGAAGCGGCAUAAAUGUAAACACAAAGGGGCGAAUAACUCUAGCAGGGACAGAAUUUUCUCGACUCACUCCCCUGCUAUUACCCGUAAAGACGUCACAACUCAAAAUAUUGAAAAAGGCAAAGACGUCUUCGUCAAGAUGUCGCCUAUAAAUCUACAUGACCUUGAGAAGAACUUCGCGUUUGACGGGUGUAGUCUUGAAGACACAGACUCACCAAAGUUGAUCUCAAAGCGGGAGGUACAAUAUAAACACAACACGAUAGAUGCUGUGGGUCUGAAUGGACCUGAUUCAGACUCGAUGGUCAGUUCGAGAUCAGAGUCGACCAGUUUUACAGACCUGAGCAACGGUGUACAGAGGAAUAAUAAAGUACAUCCGGUAUCUUUAAUACGCCCUGUCAGUUUUGUUGACAGGGAGAUUAUCAUAAUCCGUGUGUAG